AUGGAUAGCGCUAAUUCGUCUUCUUCACGUGCAACAGCAAUAUUAAAAGGUUUUCAAUUCAAUUGGAUGAACCUACGUGAUGCUGAGUCUGGAAAAACGCUCUGGCAAUCGUCAGAAGAUUUAUCUCUACCUGGUGCUGAACUUGAAGCACGAGUACCGAAGGGUAUACUGAAAUGUCGAGCUGUUUCACGUGAAAUCAAUUUUACAUCAGAAGAAGAAAUGAAAAAUUUUCGUUUAGAACAACGUGUCUACUUUAAGACAGCAGUUAUUGAAGAAUGGCAAUUUUCAUUUGGUUUUGUUAUUCCCGGUUCGACAAAUACUUGGCAAUCAUUAAUUGAAGCUGCACCACAAAAUCAAAUGAUUCCUGCUAAUUUACUAAAUGGAAAUGUUAUCAUUGAAACUAAAUUUUUUGACGGGGAUAUGGAAGUUUCAACAUCGCGUGUUCGUUUGCUUUAUGUUUAA